ACAACUGUCUGUAACUCCAGUUCUGGGCGAUUUGGGGUGAUUACUGGUGUAGAUGCUGAUUUCUGGAUUGUCUUUGUUGGGUGGGUGUUUUGUUCCUUGGUUUCUGUUUCCUCUCCCGAUUUUUGGAGAGUGUAAUGUCUGUGUGUUGCCUGUUUUCUGGCCUGCUUAUCUGGUGUGUUAACAGGAACUGACUGCUGAUGUUGGAGGCUGAGAUCCUGGGAUGAGUUGGGGAAGAAGGUCUUUGUGAUCCCUCGGGGAUGGGGUCAGAGAGGGAAGGAAGACCACAGCAAGUUUCUGUGCCAGAGCUGGGGGGAUUGGAUCUCAGGAGCAGUCGGAGAGGUUAGGUCCAUCUUCAGCCUAUUUGUUGUCCUGGGAGGAGCAUCCCUUGGGUUAGCAGGGAGUGCCUGCUUUGGUUCGGGUCUGGGACAAAGCAGCAAGUGAGGAGAGGAAGGUUAGAGGGGGGAGAGCUAUGGGAUCCACAGGUGUGGUAGUUUGAAUGUAAUUGGCCCCCAUAAUCUCGUCUGGAGUGGCACUAUUAGGAGGUGUGGCUUUGUUGAAAUAGGUAUGGCCGAGAGAUCAGCUGGGGGGCGGGUGCGGGCAUGAGGAGCUCUGGAGUUGCCGGUGGGGAACAUGUCAGGGUCUGACCUCGCCAGAAAGUGGGACCGGUGCAUGGAGGAGGUGGAGGUGAAGCUAGGUACAGGCUUUGGAUUAGGAGUUGCUUUCUCUCUCACCUUCUUUAAAAGAAGAAUGUGGCCAUUAGCCUUCGGUUCUGGCGUGGCCUACUCCAACUGUCAGCAUGACUUGCAGGCCCCGUAUCUUCUACAUAGAAAAUAUGUCAAAAGAGCAGUGACGUAUGCUGAGAACAUCCCAGUGGCAGGAAAGAGAAACCAUGUUUACUCCUCAGGAAUACUGAAGUGCCCUGGAGUGUGCUGA